AUGAAUAAGUUGUAUAUACCCGUUAACAUUUAUAUAUUGUUAAGUUUACUUAAUUUUACAUCUUCACAAAUUUGCAGUUUUUCGGACACUAUUUUGAAAAAUGUUACACUAUCUGAUACAUGUACAGCAUUCAAUAACAUAACAAUUGGUAACAUUUUAUCUUCUGAUUUCAUUCAGUUCAAAAUGAUAUCAAAUGCAAAUGUACAAAUGAAUGGCAGUGUAACUUGUGUAAAUAAUGGCUCUAUUGUUCAAUAUGACAAAUCAAGUUUAAAUUUGACACAAGAAACUAACUUUUACGAUGCAACCAAAUUGGAAUUGAAUAAUAACUCACAAUUAAUAACAAUAAAUAUAAUUUAUUUCCAACAGUAUUCCAGUGUUAUAAUGUGUGAAACAGCGCAUUGGGACAGUUACAAUAAUAUUAUGAUGAUGGGAUAUUCUCAAUUAACAAUCAAAGACAAAUCAAGGUUAUCAUUAAAAAAUAUUAUAUAUUUCAAUGACACUGUCUUGGUUGUUAUGAAUCAAAAUGCAAUUAUUAACACUUCGAAAGAUGUUUAUUUUAACGACUUUUCUAUGUUAACAAUGAACAACAAUUCAAUGAUAAAUAUAACAAAUAAGUUGUAUGUUUAUUCGACUUUGGUAAUGAAUUCAUAUUCAAAAAUAAAGGAAUGCUUGUUUUUAUACAUUAUGAAUGAUGCACAAGUAAUGUUAUACGAUAAUUCCGAAAUUAUUUUUAAAUCAUAUCUUAAUAGAUAUUUAUAUAUAUAUGAUAAAGCACAAGUUAUGUUAUACAAUUAUUCUGCAAUUGACUUUAUUUCAGGUAUUAAAUAUUUUUACAUUAAUAAUAAAACACAAGUAAUGUUAUAUAAUCAUUCGAAAAUUAAAUUUAAUUUUGCUAGUGGAAAAAUAGUUAUUAGAAAUGAAGCACAAACAAAGUUAUUCAAUUAUUCUGAAAUUAACAUUGAUACACAUGAUGGAGAUAUCUACGUAAAUGAUGAAUCACGAUUAAUGUUAUACAAUUAUUCUAAAAUUAACAUUAAGUCAAAUAAUUAUGGAAGGUUGUAUAUUCGUGAAAUUUCAAAUUUAAUGUUAUACCAUAAUUCCAAAAUUAAUAUAAAUUCUAGUUAUGUUGGAGAGUUAUUAGUUUAUAAUAAAGCACAAGUAAUGUUAUAUGAUUUUUCUGGAAUUAACAUUGAUUCAAAUCAAAAUACUGGGUUAUUAAUAAAUGAUGAAGCACAUAUGAUAUUAUACAAUUACACUGAAAUAAACAUUUGUUCACUUAAUAGUGCAAUCAGAGUUAAUAAAGCAUAUUUAUCAUUAAACAAUUUAUCGAAAAUUAACAGUGUAGGUUCAUUUUAUGUUCACAAAGGCGGUGUAAUAACAUUAAAUGGAAUGGCAGAUUCAGUUCAAAUUAUUACAAAGUCGUUACAAUAUGUAAGCUGUUACCAAAGUUGUUCAAAUAUUGAUAGUUUCCGUUAUACUAGCGUUUUAAAUGGAUAUCAGAGAUCUUCCCGUUGUGUUUUAUUCAGGUUCAACCCCAUUAAAUAUAACCAACUCAACCGUACAAUCAGAAAAUGA